CCCAAUAGGGUUAUACUAGUUGAAGGACAUGUUUGAUGUUCUAACAGCAGCUAUAUUUGUUUCACAAGCUACCAAGAUUCUGUAUCAUGCACAGAUGAACUAUGAUGCAGGUUGCCUCAGGUUCUCCUUUAUCUUUUCCCUCCCUCUCCUUUCCUCACCAGAGUAAUGAGAAAGUUGAGAGGAAGCCCCGUAGUCCCAGUUUGGCCUCAGAGACCAUAGUUUUUGGAUGUAUUACACCUGGCUAUGAUCCAUGCACCUUCCCCAGUACCUUGGACCUUCUAAUGCAGGGACUCCUUCACUACACAGAAGUGGCUUGACUCCAGCUACCUUCCUGGAGGCUGAACAAAAAGUGACUUGGGCCUGGAAUCCGUUUGUAGUGCCCAUUGUUACAUGGAACCCAAACUGCUGAACUGUCUCUGCUUUAAAAUCACUUUCGUCCAUGUUCCAUGGGAAGGCAAGUGCCUUGUUCAGACCCAAAGAAGAUGCCUGAGGAAGGGCAAUAUGAAAAUAAUUGGUGUCUUCUCUACAGUAGUGGGACAUAUGGCGAAAGUUCAUCAACCUUAAGGCACCUCUGCCUUAUCGUCUUUUGUGUACUCCUGGGUGUGACAGCCACUCUCACACGCAGGCAGAAACCCCUCAGCUCUCUAACAAGCAGUCCCUCAUGUUAAAACAAGUCAUGGGCAGCAUCCGUAUAAACAGGUACAGUAUUGUCUCCACUGAAGAAGAUGGGCAUAAAGUCUCUUCCCUUGGCAGCAUUAAUGGUCACAGUCGGAAUGGGAAAGGUCAUGCCCCACGACGGAAACGCCGCAACCGUUUUGUUAAAAAGAAUGGCCAGUGCAAUGUCUAUUUUGCCAACUUAAGCAAUAAGUCUCAGCGCUACAUGGCUGAUAUUUUCACAACCUGUGUGGACACACGUUGGCGUUAUAUGCUUAUGAUCUUUUCAGCAGCCUUCUUGGUCUCCUGGCUGUUUUUUGGCCUCCUCUUCUGGAUCAUUGCUUUCUUUCAUGGUGACUUAGAUACCCCUAGUGCAGAUAGUGAUCCCACCGCUACAAAAAUCUGCAUCAAGCAUGUCAAUGGCUUCUUGGGGGCUUUUCUCUUUUCAGUUGAAACACAGACAACCAUUGGCUAUGGUUUCCGAUAUGUGACUGAGGAGUGUCCACUAGCCAUCAUGGUGGUAGUGGUACAAUCCAUUGUGGGUUGCGUUAUUGACUCUUUCAUGAUUGGCACCAUCAUGGCUAAGAUGGCCCGACCCAAGAAAAGGGCCCAGACCCUCCUUUUCAGCCAUCAUGCUGUAAUCUCUCUACGAGAUGGCAAACUCUGCCUUAUGUGGCGAGUAGGAAAUUUGCGGCGGAGCCAUAUUGUGGAAGCUCAUGUUCGUGCUCAGCUUAUCAAGCCCUACAUGACAGCAGAAGGCGAGUAUCUUCCAGUGGACCAGCGGGAUCUGAAUGUGGGCUAUGACAUAGGCCUGGAUCGCAUCUUCUUAGUGUCUCCCAUUAUUAUUGUCCAUGAGAUUGAUGAGGAAAGUCCACUUUAUGCAAUGGGUAAGGAAGAGCUGGAGAGAGAGGACUUUGAGAUUGUUGUUAUCCUUGAGGGUAUGGUGGAAGCUACAGCGAUGACUACACAGGCUCGCAGCUCCUACCUGGCCAGUGAGAUCCUUUGGGGCCACCGUUUUGAGCCUGUUGUCUUUGAGGAUAAGAAGCGCUAUAAGGUGGACUAUUCCCGCUUCCACAAGACCUAUGAAGUGGCUGGAACUCCUUGCUGCUCCGCUCGGGAAUUACAGGAGAGUAAGAUUACCAUCCUGCCUUCCCCUCCACCACCACCCAGUACCUUCUGCUAUGAGAACGAACUAGCUCUUGUCAGCCAGGAUGAAGAAGAGGAGGAUGACUUGGAUGUAGCGGUAGAUUUGGGAGGAGGAACUAAGGAGAAUGCAGGAAUCAUAUCCAUGAGGGAGUUUGGGAGCCACAUGGAUCUUGAUCGAUUACAGGUCUCCAUUCCCCUGGAUGCACUCUCAUACCGUAGGGAAUCAGCCAUUUAAUGUCCCAGCCUGGCUUUCCACCCCACAUUUUCUCCUGUAUUUCCUUAUCUGAAACACCAGUGUGUGUUGUCGGGAAAGCCUUGCACUCGUUCUUUUAUACCAACUGUUAGACACCUGAUCACACACAGACACGACAGCUUGACUGGCGUUGGAUGCUCUGGGUUUCUUUAGAAAUUGGUUUUUAAAGAUCCUGAACUCAAUGGAACACUGAUCUGCAUUUUCCCACUUCUGCCUGUCUGUGGCCCAGAACUGGAAGAGAGCAAUAGCUGCUGCAGCCUAGGAUGAUAAUGGGACAUAUUUCAUGCCAGCAAGCAGGCCCAAUGACUGCUAAGGUGACUGAUAUUAUUGCUGCAAAAAUGUCAAAUUGGGAUGAACUGGAGAAUCUGUUCUUUCAAGCAUAGUACAAUGGAAGAUAAUUUGAUUGUAUCUUUUAUUAUUUGCAGUAUACCUAAAAUGUUAAAUUAGUAGAAAAUAACUUUAUCUUCCACUAUUCUCACAUAGGAACAGUUAAUCUUUGUCCCAUUCAGGUUGUUGGCAUCCAUGAUACUCAACUAUCGUAAUACCAAAUCUUCUUUGACCCUUUGAAAUUUCAGUCUCUUCCCAUUGAGAUGGAAACGAAGCCAAUAAGAAAUAUUUACAAGGGGUGUGUUUGUGUCAGAAUUUGAAUAAUCUAUACAUGGUUUCUCCGAACCAAUGGUAUCUAUAUGCUCACCCUGCCUCCUCUGUCUAACCUAUCCCAUGCUUUCAUUUGGAAAAUUGAUAUUGGAACUAUUUAUUUUUGAAUAAAAUAUAAUGUUCCAGUGGAAGCCUGGAAACAA